ACCCCAGCAUGGAUCCCGUUGUGUUUUUCGUCGUGUUGUCAUCGUUCUAUGGCAUUCUGUACUUUUUCGAUCGCUUCUUCAAGAGCUGCAUGCACUACCCGUACGAUGCCUUCCUCAAGAACACCGGGCUGAGCGUCAACUUCAUGAGCCUUCACUGGCACACCAGCGCCUUUAAUCGGACCUUGCUCAGGUGGGGAUCGGCGGGGAAUAGCUGCACCCGCCGCGUCAUGCUCACCAGCUUCAAUGUGGGUGUGCUGGUGACCUUCUCGCUGCUGCCCAUCGGCCUCAUCCUGCUCAUCGUGACCAUCUUCAGCAGUGGCGAGGCGGAUGGCACAGGCGUGUCCUCGCCCUCGGGUGGCGGUGUUCCUGUGCAACUGGAGAUUCUGCUGCCAGGCGUUAAUCUGCCCCUGGAGGAGAUUGGAUAUUACAUUACCACGCUAGUGCUGUGCUUAGUGGUUCACGAAAUGGGCCAUGCCCUGGCCGCCGUAUUGGAGGAUGUGCCCGUUACAGGGUUUGGCAUUAAGUUCUUCUUUUGCCUGCCCUUGGCCUAUACGGAGCUCUCCAAUGACCACUUGAAUGGCCUGCGCUGGUUCCGCAAGCUUCGCGUCCUCUGCGCUGGCAUCUGGCACAACUUUGUCUUCGCCGGCGUGUGCUACCUACUCAUCUCAACGGUGGGCAUCACCAUGUCACCUUUGUACGCCUACAACGAGCAUGUCGUGGUCACGGAGCUGACGAGGAAGUCGCCAUUGCGAGGCGAACGUGGACUGCAGGUGGAUGACCAGAUAACCCAGGUAAAUGGCUGUACAGUAAAGAGCGAGGAAAGCUGGGUUGCCUGCCUCCAGAAUACAUUGAAGCUCAAACCAGGCUACUGUGUCAGUGCAGACUUUGUGCAGCUCAACGAUGAGAGCAGUGCCAUUUCGCAUCACAGUAUCGACGGUCAGCUGCAAUGCUGCGACGAGCUUAAUCCGAAUGUCAGCUGCUUCGAGGUGGUGGAGGAUGCCAAUGGCGAUGUGCCCGUGGAGCUGCCCCAACACGUCUGCCUAAAUGUUCGUCGUACCCUGGAGGAGGUCACGGAACACUGCUCCUCGGGUGUCUGCACUGAGGGCUUUUGCCUGCGUCCGCUGAUGCGGAAUAUAACUGCCAUAAUGACGUUCAAGCGUCAGAACUUUAACGGCGAGAAGCUGCCGCCUGUGAUCUAUGUGGGCCAUCCCUGGGAUGUCACCCGCACGGUGGGCAUCUCGGCCUUUGUGCCGCGCCACUCCUUCCUAAAGGCCGCAUGGCCGGAUGCCUGGCUUCUGCUGCUCAAGUACAAUGUGGUCUUCAGCAUCGGACUGGCUCUGAUCAAUGCCAUUCCCUGCUUUGGCUUCGAUGGCGCCCACAUUACCAGCAACGUGAUACACAGCUUUCUGGUGGGACGUGUGGAUCAGCAUGCGAAAAGGGACCUCAUCUCAGUGAUCAUCACCAGCGUGGGCACGCUGCUCUUUGGACUGGCGCUGCUCAAGGUGGCCUGGCUUAGCUUUCUGCGACCGCUGCUUUAGAUUGAUUGAUGGAUGGAAGGAUGGGAGUCCAACUCCCUGCUAAGAUGCUAGACUGCUAUUUCACCUCCAAAAAAACACAAAACACACAGCGAAUUGUAGCACCUCAAAGUCAAAGAUUAGCCGUUAGUCUUAA